CGCGUUUAAAUGCUCAAUGUGAGUCAGGUCCCCAGCUUUCCCCGACCAUGCUAGAAACUCUUCAACAUUGCUGCAACGGGGGUUUUAGUUUUAGGUCGAAACGGCAAUCGAGGGUUUUCUACUGCAAUUUGAAAUUCGUUUCGUACGAGUUUUUCUUCAAGAAUCGGUACGCUUCACUACCUCAUUAGCUUAAUUUCAAACUUGAUGUUUUACUCUCUCUGUAAAACGAUUCUCCAUGGGAGACGCACUGUUACAGCUUCACCAACACACAAUCUGCGUUUUCUUCGAUUAAUCUCUCUCAAGUGCGUCUCAUCUAGUGCAGAUAAUCACUCAUUUGUAGUUUCGUAUCUUGUAAACUCAUGUGGAUUCUCGCCAGAAACGGCUCUGAAUGCUUCAAAGCAUGUCCACUUUGAGACCCCCGAAAAACCUGAUUCUGUAAUUGCUUUUCUGAGGAAUCAUGGUUUAACGGAACCCCAGAUCUUCACAGUUAUUAACAAACUCCCAUGUUUGCUUGUAUGCGAUGCUGAGAAGUACCUCUUGCCCAAACUUGAGUAUUUUUACUCUAAAGGGAUGUCAAGCUCUGAACUUGCCAAGAUCAUGUGUUAUUACCCAGCAACUUUCAGAAGAAGCUUGGAAAAACAACUUAUUCCUACCUUUGAUUUCUUUACCAAUGUGCUUAAAUCCGAAGAAAAGGCUGUUGCAACAUUUAAACGCUAUGCCGGUAUCCUAAAUUUGGACCUUGAAAAGACUCCAAUUGCAUCUAACAUCAACAUAUUGAGAGAAAAUGGAGUACCAGAAUCAAAAAUCCUUACCAUAUUAAGAUGCCAGCCUAGAGCAUUUUUUAUUGGCUCAGAUAGAUUUAGGGAGACCGUUGAGGAAGUGAAAAGAAUGGGGUUCAACCCAUUUAUGUCAAAAUUUGUUCUGGCCGUCUUUGCUUUGAGGACAAUGAGCAAAUCAUUGUGGCAAAAGAAGGUUGAUGUUUAUAAGAAAUGGGGUUGGUCUGAUGAAGAUGUUAUUGUGGCAUUUGGGAGGUGUCCAUGGUGUAUGACGGCAUCAGUGAAGAAGAUUAUGGCAGUGAUGGACUAUUUCAUCAAUGUAAUGGAAUUAGAGCCAUCGAUUGUUUGCAAAUACCCGGUACUUGUUUCAUUGAGCUUGGAGAAAAGAAUUGUUCCAAGGGGAUCCGUUGCUCAAGUUUUGUUGUUGAAAGGUCAAAUUGAAGAGCGUAGUUUGUUUGCUUUGUUUUCUUGUCGAGAAGAGUUGUUCCUUGAGAAGUUUGUGAAGUGUUAUGAGGAUCCCACAACAGCAAAGGAACCAAGCAUUAUGAUUCACAUUUUUGUUGUCACAUCACAUGAUUUCGUUGAUUUCUUAGCGUUGAACGUCUUCAGAAGUGCAAUUAAUCCAAAACAAUUAUUGAAGUUGCAGCAUUGUGAUCGGCAAUUCAACUCACCUGGCCUCAUUUUGGCUGGAUAGAGCUUACCUAAUGUCUUAAUCCAUAUGACAUGGGAGCUUGGAUACCAUGAUUCGCCCUCUUUAUGGGUUUGGAGGUUCUGGAUGGUGGGGACUGGUGGUGUGUUGCAGAGAACGAAAGUAGCAGAAUUGUUCUAGUUUGCUUCACUCUUUGGCUUAUUCCAUGUGAUGCUUUCACUUCUCAUAAAUGAGAAAAUUAUCCCAUUUCAAUUUUUUCUUUCUUUGUUUUCUCCAUCUCGGAAUUAUUGAUGGUGAAUGAAAUGAACUUCAAGCUUGAGCAAAAUAAUGCUCUGCUACUUGAUUCAAGUAAUUCCCUGAUUGAGAAUUUCUUUAAUAACAAGGGAAGAGGAAUUGCACAA